AAGUUUUUUAUACUAAUGGAUCUGAGAAAUUUUUUAAAACAAACUUUACGAGGCAAAGAACUAACCGAAUAUCAAUAUAAUUUGUUAGCCAAGAAUGACAUCGAAACGGUUCAGGAGUUUUUAAAGGCAGAUUUGCCAAAGCUGCAAAUCCUGCUGGACAUUAAGAAGCCUCACAGUGUUUAUGACAUAAAAGUGGAACUGAUCGAUUUGCUGGGAAAGGAAAAAAAGUGCACAUUCGCUACUUUGUAUGAGGAGGAAAAACAGAACAACUUGGACCAUGGGACAGGCAUAGAAGAACUAGAUAAAUUACUCGAAGCAAUUGGGCAGCCCUUCCCUCGAGUCUGGGAGAUCUAUGGCGAAGCAGGCGUGGGAAAAACUGAGAUGAUGUACACCUUUGCAAUCAAUUUUGUAUGCCAGCAGAGGGAACAGCCACGACACGUUCUCUUCAUCGACUGCAAGGGCGAUUUCGAAUCAAAGCGAAUCCUUCAAAUAUUGCAGGAGCUGAAGUAUCCUCAACCGGAUGAGGCCAUGAAGGCCAUAAAAGUGGUUAAUGUUUUCUCCGAUGAACAUAUAAUUGCCGUCUUACAAGCCCUGCUAAAGCAGCGGCUAGAGAAGCUGGAGGAAGCAUUGGCCAUUGGACUAUUGCUAAUUGAUUGUCUGCCCGCUUGUUUCCUUCACUUGCGUAGCAAAAAUGAGAGGAUGCUAGCCAAUUCCCAGUUAACAACUGUCGCAUCCCUGCUGAGAAGAUUGAAUGCAAGUGGGGUGGGCUGUAUUGUGGGUAACGCAUCAUUCCCUAGGGAUGAAUUGGGAAAAAUCAUUGAAGAGCAAGGGGAUAUGAUCUCAGAAGAUUCCGGCGGUACAGGGCCAUAUGAACCCCUAUUGGGUGUCUACUGGAAGUCUGUGUGUACGUUGCGCAUGUCCCUGGAGCUUCCAAACCCAGAGUACGAUGAUUGCAACAUUGACACAGUAGUUGAUGAUGGCCUGAGAGUGCUGAAUGUGAUAAACAAUACUUAUGGGCCGGCUGGAGGUAGCUGCCACUUGUGCGUCUCACAAGCUGGAAUCGUUUAGCGUCGCUGUGAUUGCUGGUAAGAUUUCAUCACACGUUUUCCGGGCUCUAGUCCAUCUCCCAAACCGGGUCGCUUGCGUUUGCUAUUAUUGGAAUGAGCAGGUUCUGCAUUCUUUAACAUUUGAGCCGGCUCCUGGUUAGCUUCCUUCUCCUCAUUUACGGACAAGUCCGAAUCGUGGGCAUAUUGGCAGCUAGUACCAAAGCGACAGCGUCCUUUUCUAUAAUUCCAGCAGAUUUUCCGCCCAUUCUUUAGCUGCAGAUGGGUAUCGUUAUUGACCAUCUUAACGUGCCGCUCCAGUGAGGCAGUCUUGUGUAAUUCUGCCUCCAGGAAGGGAUUACUGAAAACUUCUCCUGUUUUCUUGCUUGCCUUUGACAAAGCCGAGCUGGCACUGGGCAAAGUAAUGGGCGGGGGAGGUAACUUUUGGGUUAGGGGCUUCCCAGGAGGUGAACUAUUAAAAUAAAAAUUGUAAUAAUAAAUUCAGCUUAUUAGAGGAAUCGGUACCCACUUAUUAUCAGACUUCUGACUGCUGGUUUCCUCUUCGUCCUCUUCAGAAGAAUCGCUAUAAUCUGCAACCAACGACAUGAUUCCAAGAUAGUUUAUUAUGCUGCUCAAUAGAGAUGAGGCACUGUCACGAGUACAAAUUGUUGUUUACAAAUCAUACAAAAAAACAUGGAACACCAAAAA